CUCGACCACAGUCCAAGACAAUGAUACGGUAAUGGCAGGAUUCUGAGAGGUGCACAGCCAGGCGCUCUUGACAGCUCCGUUCCUGAAUAGGAGCCCCCAGAGUCUGUUCAGCGUUGGCAGCACAGCCUUACCGGCCAGAACGGAGAGACGCUGGCGGGGUGCGGGUCUCGAAGGAGCAGAGUGAGGAGGAGUGCAAUGAUGGCUUGAGUCAUUGACGCAGUGGGGUGGACGAACUCUCUGGGGUGCACCUCCUCGCCACCCGUUCGCCAGCCGACAUCAAGUCCUCAUUGGGCAAUGCUGUCGACUCACGUUUUCUGCAGAAACAACAGCAUUAUUAGGGUUCUUAGUGAAAUGUGUCAUCAUUGGCGAGAGCUCCCUAUUGUCAACCAUCCCGGGACAAACUCUCUGCUUCUAGCCAAACACCAAGAGCAUGGUCGGGGUCAGCCGGAGGAAGAGCAAAAUACCCUUUAACAUGAGCGCAGGCCAGCAGUUCAAUGCCUGGCAGUAAUCGGUCGCUCACGUCAGUUGUGUGGAGAGCGCUCUACACCAGCCAGCGUUGCAGCAGCCGCCUGACUCCCGCGAACUCCCCCGGAGUCUUGACUCUUGGCCCAGCGGCGACGCCCGUUCGGGCUUAGCGUCACUGCAAGGCAGAGCAGGACGGAGAAACCAUCUGCCUGUCGACGGAUACCGUAUCGUUACGCCGUAUCAAGUCCGUUUAAGCGCCAAAUCAUCUGACGUCAGUGCACGGUGACCGUAUCGUACAGAUGACAGGGGCUAUUUUUACCGCUAACCCAGGCACCCAACCCUCCAUCCACCACAGCCAUCAUUGGUCAGGAGGCGAUCUAAGCUUCAUGCGCUCUCCUGGGUGCGCAGACACUUGCCGGGGUGCAGUCAUCAGAUAUGGAUGGUCCUGGGGCUACAAAUACCGCUGCGAACCCCCCGCUGCUCCAGAGCGGAUCAAGCAUUUUCUGCAUUCUAUCUGCAAUUCUCCAUUGGAACUCGAAAACUGCGAAGUCUGCAACAAGGUGUGGUAUACUUUGUAUUCAUAGCAGCGAAACCUCUACCUGCGCGAAGCACGCUUCUCCCCUCCGAGUGCUACUCCUAUAAAGGGGCACUUCUCUAGCCCAUUGUAUCUGGCCUCGUACCAUUUCAAAAUGCCGUCCUUCGUCGCCCCCUGCUCCCCCCAGGCCCAGGGGCCCGUCGCCCGCCUACCGCUCGAUGACGAGUGGUACGUGAUGGAGCGUUAUGCCGCCCACGCCUCACACUGUGCUCCAUGUGCCCAUCCUUACACAACACUCCGAACCGGCCAGUCUCUUUGCGCACGCGGCGCUCGCCAUGUCACCAACAUGGCUCAAUAUGUCUACACCCACAACGGCAAAGCCUACUCCGUCGCGGCGAAAAACCGCGGUCUUGUCCACGAAAUCGAAAUCCCAGCCAACUUUGAGGCUGUCUCUGAAUUGAUGCGUGCACUUGAGUACGGCCUCAAGAUUAAGAAAGCACAGGCUCGCGUCGUCGUCCACGACCAACGAAGUGACGCUGAGCAAGGACCUGCAACGCCCGUUACCCCAGCGGGCCCCCAGAUGCUUGAAACGCCUGUCGCGAUGCAACCUGGUAAUCGUGACGAUUCUAAGGCUCUUACGAUCCAACAAACUAAGGCCGUCCAGAAGCGCCCCGACGAUGGCAACUUGCGCGGCACCUUGUACAAAGAAGACUUGUCUGUCAAGCCUCUCGAAAAGCACUACACUGGUCCUCGAAUCAAGACUCCUCACCAGUAUCUCCGAUGAAUUAGUUCGGGGUCACAUUCGAACACGACACUCUUCAAUUUCAAGACGCCAAAAAUAUUUUCUUAUAGUGUUCCUGGCUAUUGUGGGAUUGAACCAAGAACUUUUAUCAACAGCUUUACGCUCUAAUCAAAAGAAUAUUCCGGGCAACCGACGCCAAUUUUUUUUCCGUUGCGGCAAAAAUUCCCUUAUUUGGCAAGGCAGUUAGUUUGCUUUGGUGGCGAGCUGGAAUGAUCACGUCCGCCUGAAUGCGCUUUUCGCUCGGUCACAUGUUGGGGGGGGAGGCACCGCCUAAAACCCUGACCCCAAGGAGAGAAAUUGAUGAGAAGGUCCGGAACAGAGAAAGGUUCCAGACAAGGGAAGAAGAAUAAAGAGAGACAAGAAAGAGGAGACUUGUCUUUUGCAGCAUAUUUUGCCAACAUUGUUGCUUGUUACAUUGUGCUGCUCUUGUUAAUGUCCAGAUACCUACUUGUACUUUUAUGUACCAUACGCUGUGUAUAUUAUCCUACCAGCCCAACUAUGUAAAUACAACUGGAGGAAAAACAUUCCUCUGCAGACAUUUAUUAAAUAAAUUUGCUUUGUCUGCU